AUGAGUGCCUGGGAAGAUAACGAGGAAAUUAAAAUUUUCCGUGAAUAUUUAAGGAUACCUUCAGUUCAUCCCAAUAUUGACUACAAACCGUGUGUGGAUUUUUUGCGUCGACAAGCUACUGAGUUGGGCUUGGAUUUUAAAGUGGAAUGUCCGGUGACCGAGAAAAAACCUGUUGUGAUAUUGACAUGGGUCGGAACUGACCCAAAUUUGCCUUCUAUCGUGCUUAAUUCGCAUAUGGAUGUUGUGCCUGUUUAUGAGAAUCUAUGGACGCAUAAACCAUUUGCUGCUGAUAUUGAUGAUCAAGGUCGAAUUUAUGCUCGAGGAUCACAAGACAUGAAGUCAAUUGGAACUCAAUAUCUUGGUGCUUUAAGGUAUUUUAAGAGGAAUAAGAUCCAAUUUAAAAGAACUAUCCACUGUACAUUCGUACCAGAAGAAGAAAUUGGUGGAGUUGAUGGAAUGCGAGAAUUUGUGCAUACAAAAGCAUUUAAAAGCUUAAAUAUUGGAUUUUCUUUGGACGAAGGCAUUCCAAGCACAACUAAUGACUUCCUCGUCUUUUAUGCUGAGAGAUCAAUCUGGCAAGUUCAAUUCAUCAUAACAGGAAAUGCAGGUCAUGGAAGUAUGUUACUUAAAGGCACAGUUGGAGAAAAACUUACGAAUUUGAUCAAUAAAAUUAUGGAAUUCAGACAAGCAGAAGUGCUACGAAUGGAAAGUCAGAAUUUCUAUAUUGGAGAUGUGACGACAAGUAACAUAACAAUCAUUAAUGGCGGUGUCCAAUCGAAUGUAAUUCCUUCAGAACUCAAAAUGAUGGUCGAUUUCAGGCUUGCACUUGAUAUUGAUCAUACAGAAUUUGAGAACAGAUUAAAGAGAUGGUGCGAAGAAUCUGGUGAAGGAAUUAGCUUCGUUUGGGAUCAACAUCAGCCAAAAAUAGCACCAACGAAGACGGAUGACUCAAAUAUUUAUUGGGUUGCUUUCAAGAAGUCAAUUGAUCAACUCGGUUUGGGUAUUAAGCUUGAGGUCUUCCCCGGUGGAACCGAUUCUAGAUAUUUAAGAGGUGUUGGAAUUCCAGCUAUUGGAUUUUCUCCAAUUAAUAACUCACCAAUGUUGCUUCAUGAUAAUGAUGAAUUUCUUCAGGCUGAUAUUUAUCUGAAAGGAAUUGAAAUCUAUAAGACGAUCAUUCCAAAUAUUGCUAAUUUAGAUUAA